AUGGCGGCGGUGAUCGUCUUCGCAGCAGCUCUCUCGGCUUCCUUCAACGUGCUUUUCGAUCGGAUGGCCUCCCGCGAGGGCUUUGACUUCUUGCGGUCGUGCAUGCUCGGCAUGUGGAGGCGGCUGCAGGAGCUGAAGGCCUCGCUCCUGUCCGCGAACGCCGAGCCGGACGACGAGGAGAAGCAGAUGGCCAACGUCCGAGGCCUCAAUUUUAGUGCUUCGACUCCUUGCAACCCAAGGGCUUUAUAUGGUUUAGCUCGUAGGCUGCCCUUUCCCAUCAGAUCCUGGCUGCUCUUUCCCAGGAUCUUUCCCAUCAGAUCAUGGCUGCCCUUUCCCAUCAGUGCAUCAUCAGCUUUGAGGCAAGGCGUGACUGAACAUAACGAUAGUGGGAUCCAACAGAUUCAACUUCUCAAUGGAUUCGAGGAUUCACAUGGAGGAGUCAGGGUGGAGAUCAAGGAGAAUAUGGAUGCUGAUGUCUUUGCCCCUUUGCUCGGGGCUUCAAUAUCAAGCUGGAAAAACAGGUACCGCACUUGUAUUUCGUGGGGGAAGAAGGGAGUGUGGAUCAAAUUGCCCGUUGAAUGUUCGCAUCUUGCUGACAUUAUAGUGAAGGAAGGAUUUAGGUAUUAUCAUGCCGAACCAGCUUACCUGAUGCUUGUCCGCUGGCUUCCUGAGGAGACCUUGGAUACUUUACCUGCAAAUACUUCACAUAGGGUGGGUGUUGGUGCUUUCGUCUUGAAUGAUAAAAGAGAGGUGCUUGUAGUCCAAGAGCAUAGUGGAAGGUUCCAAGGUACGGGUGUAUGGAAACUCCCCACUGGAGUUGUGAAAGAGGGUGAGGAUAUAUGUGAUGCAGUUGUCAGGGAAGUAAAGGAAGAGACCGGAGUAGACACUAAAUUUGUCGAAGUCGUCUGUUUCAGACAAAGCCACGAAUCAUUCUUCACAAAGUCGGAUUUGUUCUUCCUUUGCGUACUUAAGCCAGAAUCGUCUGCUAUCAAUGAAGAUGAAGAGAUUGAGGCAGCCCAGUGGAUGCCAAUUGAGGAGUACACAAAACAACCUUUUGUUGUUGGAAACAAGCAAUUCAAUUUCAUGGCGAAGAUAUACUUGGAGAGGACUGAUCGUGGCCACCCUGGUUUCGCUGCUUUGGCCACAACUACUGGGAGAGGCAAAAGGAUUUACAUCUACUGCAAUAACCCUGAAAUUGUGGAGAACUUUGCAAGUUCUAUGUAAUUACUGCCUGGUUGUGAUACGAAAUUGCUUCCUUAGCCCCAGACGUACUGCACCAUGUUGAUCCCCACCGCUGAUUUUGUGAGCCCCACCAGAGGCCCACAUGUAGGUCCCACAAAAUCGAAGGUUCGGAUGGACUUGGUCCAGUGGACCUGGGACGAGGCAAGAAUUUCCCAGUUGUGAUGCUGCGUGUUUACUUCUUGUGUUAUGGAAGCGCUGUAUAUAAUGAAGAGAACAGCUUUAUUUUGUGUCGUAGCUUAUGUCAAAUUCUGUUUACAUAUUCUGGUUUUAAUUGAUAGUUUAUGCAGAAUCAUUUUAAUUAUUGUGA